UUGGCCACUCUCCGGUCUGCAUUGACCUUACUUCUGCAACCUGUUUAAAAAGAACAGAACGAAAGAAAAAGGGCUGCAACCUGUUUAAAAAGAAAAGAACAAAAGAAAAAAGAGAGAAACCACGUUUUCUCUGCAACUUUGCUCGAUCGAUGACUUUAACACUUGCGUUUACAAGCUUUUCUGUAUCUCAUUUCGUGUUUUGUAUUUGUUUGCUUAAUGGUUAGUUGCAGAGUUGCUUCUCUGGAAGAAUCAUGGGGUCAUUUCUUUGAAUUGGAUCACCAUUGGUAAUUCAUGACGAAAUCAGGGUUUUAUUUUGUGAUUUAUAUCGAGGUAGCUAGUUUUUGAAGGAUUGAGGGUUUCUUUUGCUGUUAGGCUUAUAGUUUUUCAAAAUUUUAAAGAAUCAGGGGCUUUCUGCUGUAUUUUGGUCCAACUCAGUUGCACAUUGAAGAAUUCAGUCUUUUCUUUUUUCUUUUUGUUUUUUCUUGUGUGUGUGUGUUAUUUUUCCAACGUAAAUGGAAUGAACAGUGAAGUUAUCGAAUCAGGGGUCUUCAUUUCUAAUUCAGCCUACAUGGUUGUCUUGAUGAGCUAUGGUUUUCAAGUUUGUUCAGUUUUAUCGCUCGGUUCAUCGUAUUUGUACUCUUAACUUAAUAACUAGGAUUUAACCAUCGUCAUUUUGUGUCAUUGGUGUAUUGUCCUGAAUAAUUAGGUUGUUUUCUUUUGCAUUCCGAUUCCUUCCAGGUACUGCUUGAAACGUAGAGGUUUUGGCUUUUGGUUUUGAUGUGUUAUCUUUUUUUUCUUGCACAUUUGGCCCAACGGAACUGUUUACCAAACCAAUUUAAAGUUCAUUUUUCCAGACUUCUCAAAUUCCGAAUCUAUGCGGUUGCUACUAAUGUCAGCUCAAAAAUAUGGUGGGCAUUAGGGUUUUUCUCUUGCAUUCCAUUUCAUCUUAGGUAUUCCCUAGAGCAUAGAGGUUUUGGUUCUGUGUUUGGAUUUGUUGCCUCUUAUUUUUAUCCUGCGUAAUUUGGCCUAGUCAAACUGUACUGAAGAAUAGAAAUUUCAUUGUGAAAUUUAUACAAAUUACAUGAAAUCUCAAGCCAUGGGUUUACCGCUCUUGUCAACAGAAACACUUUCCGGGCAUUAAGAUUUUCUUCCCCAAAGGUUACAGGGGAUGGAGCCUCUUGAAGGUGGCUCUUUGUUGCUGGAGGAUUUUGGCCAAAAAGUUGAUCUCACACGGAGAAUCAGAGAAGUUUUGGCUAAUUACCCAGAGGGAACAACAGUUUUGAAGGAACUGAUUCAGAAUGCUGAUGAUGCUGGUGCUAAAAAAGUUUGCCUGUGCUUGGAUCAUAGGUCUCAUGGUGUGGAUUCACUUUUAUCGAGUAAGCUAGCAGAGUGGCAGGGCCCUGCUCUGCUAGCCUACAAUGACGCAGAGUUCACAGAAGAUGAUUUUGUUAGUAUAUCCCGAAUAGGGGGCAGUAAGAAGCUUGGGCAGGCAUGGAAAACAGGUCGUUUUGGGGUGGGCUUCAACUCUGUGUAUCAUCUGACUGAUCUGCCGUCUUUUGUGAGUGGGAAGUAUGUGGUGUUGUUUGACCCACAGGGCAAUUAUCUUCCAAACGUGUCAGCAGCAAAUCCUGGAAAACGUCUUAAUUAUGUCACCUCAGCAGCUAUUGUACAUCAUAAGGACCAGUUUUCACCAUAUUGUGCCUUUGGCUGUGACAUGAAAGUUCCUUUCCAUGGAACUUUAUUUCGUUUCCCCUUGAGGAAUGCAGAUCAGGCUUCUAUUAGUCAGCUCUCAAGGCAGGCAUACCUAGAAAAUGACAUUGCUUCCAUGUUUGCUCAACUUUACAAGGAAUCCAUUUUCACAAUGCUCUUUCUUAAGAAUGUUAUGUCAAUUGAGUUCUAUGUUUGGGAAGCUCGUGAACAAGUACCUUAUAAGCUUUAUUCUUGCUCUUUGGAUUCACCAAAUGAGGACACAGUUUGGCAUCGCCAGGCUUUGCGAAGAUUGUCAAAUUUAGCAGAGUCUAAAGGAAGCCAUUUUGAUUCCUUCUCUUUGGACUUUUUGAGCCAAGUACAUCAUGGAACUGAGUUGGGUAAAAGGAUUGAUACAUUUUUUGUUGUACAGACUCUGGCAUCGCCAUCUUCUAGGAUUGGUAUAUUUGCUGCUGCUGCUGCAAAGGAACAUGAUCUUCAUCUGCUGUCGUGGGCAUCAGUUGCAGCGUGCCUUUCUGAUGGCUUGAAAGAGGAUGAUAUGCUUAAGCAAGGUUCUGCAUUCUGUUUUCUUCCUCUACCAGUGAGAACCAGUCUGACCGUGCAAGUAAAUGGAUUCUUUGAACUUUCAUCAAAUCGGCGAAGUAUAUGGUAUGGAGACGACAUGGACCGGGGUGGAAAAUUUCGAUCUGACUGGAAUAUCCUUCUCUUAGUAGAUGUUGUUGCUCCAGCUUUUUGUGAGUUGCUUGUUGGUGUACGUAAAAUAUUGGGACCCACUGAAGCAUACUAUUCCUUAUGGCCUUCUGGUUCCUUUGAGGAACCUUGGACUACAUUAGUCAAACAAGUUUAUAAAAAUAUCAGUGAUCUUCCUGUAUUACACUCAGAUAUUGAAGGUGGGAAGUGGGUUUCUCCCACAGAAGCUUUCAUUAAUGAUGCGAAAUUUGUAAAAAGCAAUAAACUCGGUGAGGCCCUUAUGCUCUUGGGAAUGCCUGUUGUGAAUUUACAUCCGCCCAUUGUUAGCAUGUUCUCCAAAUACUUCUCCAAGUUCCAACAGAGGGUAGUCAGUACAAAUACAGCACGGAAUUUUCUUAGGGAAAUUGGUGAUUUGGUUACACUUAGCAGAGAUCACAGACUAGUUCUAUUAGAAUAUUGUCUUCAUAAUGUCAAUGAUUUGGAAGUUGGCAAACACUGUAGUGGGCUUUAUUUGAUACCUUUGGCUAGUGGCGAUUUUGGAUUAUUGUCUGAAGCUUCAAAAGGCAUAUCAUAUUUUAUGUGCAAGGAGUUAGAAUAUGAGCUAAUGGGUCAAGUUCCUGAGAGAAUAAUUGACAAGAAUAUUCCUUCCGACCUUUUGAACAGACUAUCAGAUAUCGCAAGGGCUUCAAUGGCAAAUGUUAGAUUCAUUGAUGUUGAAGUUUUCCUGCAAUUCUUUCCUAAAUUUGUUCCCGCUGAUUGGAGAUAUAAGGAUAUAGUUGCCUGGGAUCCAGAUUCCAAUUUUGGCCAUCCAACUGCUUCCUGGUUUGUUCUUUUCUGGCAGUAUCUUCGAGGUUAUUGCGAUGACCUAUCACGGUUCUCUGACUGGCCAAUUCUACCAUCCAUUUCUGGGCACCUGUACAGAGCUUCUAAAACAUCAAAGUUGAUUAACACACAGUCUUUAUCUGACACAAUGAAGCAUAUUCUUUCAAAUAUUGGCUGCAAAAUAUUAGAUCCUAGGUAUGGAGUUGAGCACUCACAGCUUGCCCUCUAUGUUCACCAUGCAAAUGGUGCUGGUGUUAUCGAUGCGAUAUUCGAUGCUUUUUCUCAUAACCUGGUCCAAAUGCUGCCAUGCUUCCAGUGUCUUGAAGAUGAAGAGAAAAAUACACUUCGGCAAUUUCUUCUCGAUCCAAAAUGGUAUAUUGGUGGUCAUUUAACAGAGAUUCACAUCAAGAAAUGCAGAAAACUAGCCAUUUAUCAGGUUUAUGGUGGAGAAUCUACUCCAUCCUGCAUUUUUUCUGAUCUUGUAAGGCCUAGAAAGUACUUGCCACCUCUUGACGUUCCUAGCUGUUUUCUUGGAGAAGAGUUUGUUUACACUUCAUCUAGAAAUGAAGAAGAGAUCUUAUUGCGGUACUAUGGAGUCCAACGCAUGGGAAAGGCAGUUUUCUACAAGGACAGAGUAUUAAAUAGAAUUGGUGAAUUGCAACCUGAAGUUCGUGACACUGUCCUGCUUGCAAUUGUACAGGGUCUGCCUCAACUUUGUGCUGAGGAAGCAUCUUUUAAGGACACCUUGAAAAAAUUGGAUUUUGUUCCAACUCUUGGUGGAUGUUUGAAGAGUCCUCAGAUGUUAUAUGAUCCUCGAAAUGAGGAAUUAUAUGCUCUUUUAGAAGACUCGGAUGACUUUCCAUGUGGCCGAUUCAGAGAACCAGAAGUUUUGGAUAUGCUGCAGGGUUUGGGGCUUAGGACUUUGGUGUCUCCUGAUACUGUGAUACACAGUGCUCGGCAGAUUGAACAAAUUAUGUACACUGAUCCUCAGAAGGCAUAUUCACGGAGUAGGGUCCUCCUAUUGUUUUUAGAGGUGAAUGCAACAAAAUGGUAUACUGAUUCAAUCAGUGAUAGCCACAAAAUAAUCAAUCAAAUGUUUUCAAAAGUGGCCAUGGCAUUUAAAUCUCGUGAAACACUUCAAGAAGCUGAUCUUGUGAAGUUUUGGAAUGACAUGAGAAUGAUAUGCUGGUGCCCUGUCCUGGUUAAACCUCCUUACCAUGCUCUUCCAUGGCCAUCAGUUUCAUCUAUGGUGGCUCCUCCUAAGCUUGUAAGGCUGCAAUCUGAUUUAUGGCUCGUUUCAGCGAGCAUGCGGAUUCUGGAUGGUGAAUGCUCUUCAACUGCCUUAUCCCUCAGUUUGGGUUGGUCUCUUCCACCUGGAGGUAGUGUAAUUGCUGCCCAACUACUCGAGCUCGGAAAAAACAAUGAGCUUGUGAUUGAUCGGGUUCUUCGACAAGAACUAGCAGUAGCAAUGCCAAGGAUAUACUCGAUACUGAGCUCUAUGAUAGGUUUGGAUCAGAUGGACAUUGUCAAAGCUGUUUUAGAAGGCUGUCGAUGGAUAUGGGUGGGAGAUGGGUUUGCAACUGCAGAUGAAGUGGUUCUAAAUGGCCCCCUCCAUCUUGCUCCUUAUAUACGUGUAAUUCCUGUUGAUUUAGCAGUUUUUAAGGAGUUAUUUUUGGUUUUAGGCAUACGUGAAGCCUUGAAGCCUAUGGAUUACGCUGCAAUUCUUAGUAAGAUGGCUAAGAAAAAGGCAGAUAGUCCCCUUGAUAGUGAAGAACUCAGAGCAGUGUUUCUAAUAGUGCAACACAUGGCUGAACUUCAGUUUCCUGACCAGGAGAUGUUAAUCUUUUUGCCAGAUGUGUCGUCUAGACUCUUUCCCGCUAAAGAUCUUGUUUACAAUGAUGCCCCCUGGUUGCUUGAUUCUGAAAAUGGAGGAGCUCAGAACAUAUCUAAAGUCUAUUUAGCUCCAAGAAGAAAAGUUCAGAAAUUUGUGCAUGGAAACAUAUCAAAUGAUGUUGUUGAGAGACUUGGGGUUCGCUCUCUUCGAGGAUUAUUGCUUGCUGAGAGUGCCGACUCCAUGAAUUUGGGUUUAUCUGAGGCAGCUGAAGCUUUUGGGCAGCAUGAAGCUCUGACAACCAGGCUUAGACAUAUAGUAGAAAUGUAUGCUGAUGGACCAGGGAUUUUGUAUGAACUUGUCCAAAAUGCAGAUGAUGCUAGGGCCACUGAGGUUAGCUUUCUUUUGGACAAAACUCAGUAUGGGACUUCUUCAAUUUUGUCUCCUGAAAUGGCAGACUGGCAGGGCUGUGCUUUAUAUUGUUAUAAUAAUUCAGUCUUCAGUCAGCAUGAUCUUUAUGCCAUCUCACGUAUUGGUCAAGAUAGUAAGCUUGAAAAGCCUUUCGCAAUUGGAAGGUUUGGGCUUGGCUUCAACUGUGUGUAUCAUUUUACAGAUAUUCCUUGCUUUGUUUCUGGGGAAAAUAUUGUGAUGUUUGAUCCUCAUGCCUCUUAUCUGCCGGGUAUUUCUCCAUCUCAUCCCGGGCUUCGGAUAAAGUUUGUUGGAAGGGGAAUCUUGGAGCAAUUCCCUGAUCAAUUCUCUCCUUUCUUGCAUUUUGGUUGUGACUUGAAGGAUCCAUUUCCUGGUACUAUUUUUCGUUUUCCAUUGAGGGGUGAAGAUUCUGCUCUGCGUAGUCAAAUAAAGAGAGAGAAAUACACAUCUGAAGAUGUCCUGUCUCUUUUCUCAAACUUCUCUGCAACUGUUGCUGAGGUACUGCUUUUUCUUCGUCAUGUCAACAUUGUAUCUCUGUAUGUAAAGGAUGGACCUGGUCAUGAGAUGCAACUGUUUCACCGUGUUUCCAGGAAUGACAUCAGUGAUCUGGGAAAAGAACCUCAUCCUUUGAAUGGGAUGCUUGAAUAUAUCCUUGGAAAACAGCAGAUGAUGGAUAGAGAACAGUUUUAUAAACAGUUGAGUGGGACCGUUGAUAGGAACUUGCCAUCGAGAUGCCGAAAAUUUGUUGUGUCUGAAAGGAACUCUCUUGGCAAAGUGGUGCAUUUUUGGGUGGUUAAUGAAUGCAUAGGAGGAGGGCGUGCCCGAGUCCACUCAUUAGCUCCAGGCAACCGGUCUCGUAACUUUAUUCCUUGGGCAUGUGUUGCUACUCAUUUGCACUCAGCUAGAGACGUGGAACCAAAUGCCAGUGAGACUCUUGAAGAACUCUAUCGUCACAUUCUUGAGCAAAUUCAAAUGCCUUUUUCCACCCAAGAUCCUAGAGCAUUUGAGGGUCGCGCUUUUUGCUUUCUCCCUUUGCCUAUUAUCACUGGCCUUUCAACACAUAUCAAUGCAUAUUUUGAGUUGUCAUCAAAUCGAAGGGACAUUUGGUUUGGCAAUGACAUGGCUGGAGGAGGAAAAGUGCGAUCUGACUGGAAUGUUUUUCUUCUUGAAGAUGUGGUUGCUCCUGCUUAUGGCCAAUUGCUUGCUGGAGUUGCUGAAGAGAUUGGCCCUUGUGAUCUGUAUUUCUCUCUCUGGCCCACAACAACUGGACCUGAGCCAUGGGCUUCUAUGGUACGAAAGCUGUACAUGAAUGUUGCUGAUCUAGAACUACGAGUGCUGUAUACCAAAGCUAGAGGGGGUCAAUGGAUAUCAACUAAACAAGCUCUCUUUCCUGAUUACUCAUUUCCAGAAUCAACUGAGCUUGCAGAAGCCCUAUCAGAUGCAGGCUUGCCUUUAGUGGUUUCUUCUGAGCCUUUAGUUGCUAGAUUCAAGGAAUUUUGCCCAUCACUGCACUUUUUGACCCCUCAUUUACUUCGAACCUUACUGAUCCGGCGAAAACGUGGCCUUAAGAACAGAGAUGCAAUGAUCUUCGCUUUGAAGUAUUGCUUGAGUGACAUACUUGAACCUGUUCAAUUGGAAAAGUUAAAUGGAUUACCCUUGGUCCCACUUGCCACAGGUGAAUUUGCAGCAUUUGCUGAGAAUGGACUGGGUGAAAGAAUAUUUAUUACAGGCCAAAAUGAAUAUAAUUUGCUCAGGGAUAGUGUUCCAUACGCUCUUGUGGAUUGCACAAUUGGAGAAGAAGUACUCAUAAAGUUACAGGGAAUAGCUCAGACUGGUAAGAUGAAUAUAUCAUUGUUGUCAUGCCAUUCAUUUGUGGAACUACUGCCUCGUGUUCUUCCAGCUGAAUGGCUACAUGCUGAACAAGUGGUUUGGACUCCAGGCCUGCAGGGCCAACCAAGUUUCGAAUGGAUGGAACUAUUUUGGGGUUAUUUGGGCUUAUCGUGUGAUGAUCUAUCUAUAUUUUCCAAGUGGCCAAUUUUACCCAUCAAGAAUGGCUUCCUUUUAAAGCUUGUCAAAAACUCAAACGUGAUCAAAGAUGAUGGGUGGAGUGAAAACAUGUCUUCAUUAUUGCAGAGGUUAGGUUGUUAUUUCUUGAGGUCUGACCUGCCAAUAAAUCAUUCACACAUAGGAGAUUAUGUGCAAAAUGGUUCAGCAUCAGGCAUUUUAAAUGCUUUAUUAGCAGUAUCUGGUGGGCUGGACUCAUUGGAAGACCUCUUUGGCAAUGCAUUAGAAGGAGAAUUACAUGAACUCCGUAGUUUUAUAUGCCAGUCCAAAUGGUUUAAUAAAGAUCAGAUGGAUUCUAUGCAAAUUGAUGCAAUCAAGCGUCUUCCCAUUUUUGAGUCUUACAAAAGCAGGAAAUUAACUUGUUUGAUCAAGGCUACGAAAUGGAUUAAACCUGAAGGUGUUCGAGAGGAACUUAUGGAUGAUAGCUUCAUUCAUACAAAGUCACAGAAGGAAAAAGAUAUUUUAAGACACUAUCUAGGGGUUGGUGAGCCAUCAAGGAUUCAAUUCUACAGGGAGCAUGUACUGAAUCGUAUCUCAGAAUUUUCAUCACUACCAUCUGUUCUUUCGAGUAUGUUAGAAGACUUGAAACUUUUGAUUGAAGAGGAUUCUUCCUUCAAGUCAGAUGUUUCUCAGACACCAUUUGUUUUAACUGCGAAUGGGUCUAGACAGUGUCCUUGUCGACUUUAUGAUCCUCGCAUUCCUGGAUUACAGCAACUUUUGUACAAAGAUGCUUUCUUCCCUUGUGGAGAGUUCUUGAAGUGUGAUAUCCUUGAGAUAUUGCUUAGUUUGGGUAUGAAGAACACCUUGGGAUUCUCUGGUUUGCUUGACAGUGCAAGAUCAGUUUCCAUGUUGUAUGAUUCUGGCAGCAAAGAAGCUAUGAACUUUGGAAGGAGACUACUUGAUUGCUUGGAUGCCGUUGGUUUCAAGCUUGCUGAUAUGAUUGAAUACAAAACUAGUGAUGAUUAUGGCAGCUCUAAUUUCGAUAAAAAAGAGGCAGGUAUGCCUAGUUCACGAGCAAGAAGCAUGCUCUUGGGAGAGCUAAAUGAUGUGUCUUCUGAAGGUGAUCUUGACAUGCAAUGGUGCAUAAACUUUACCCAUGAUGAACCCAAAGAUGACUUCUGGUUAGAACUGAGAGAUAUUGCUUGGUGCCCCGUUUUGGUUGAUCCACCAAUUGAAGGACUUCCAUGGGCUGUAUCUGAAAUUCAAGUAGCAUCUCCAGGAUAUGUGAGGCCAAUGUCCCAAAUGUGGAUGGUGUCUUCAACCAUGCGAAUACUGGAUGGGGAAUGCUCUCUAUACAUUCAAUAUAAGCUUGGUUGGAAAGAAAGACCGAAUGUUCGUAUCUUGUCAACCCAAUUGGUUGAACUGUGCAAGUCUUAUAAUCAGGUUGUUUUACAGUCUGGUUCCUGCAGGCAUAUAUGGGACAAAGCAUUGCAAAGGGAAAUCCCAAAUCUCUAUGCAACAUUACAGGAGUUUGUUGAUACCAGCGAUUUCAUGGUGUUAAAAUCUGCUGUGAAUGGUGUUCCCUGGGUGUGGACUGGUGAUAAUUUUGUAGCAUCAGAGGCACUUGCAUUUGACUCCCCUGUGAAGUUUCAGCCCUACCUUUAUGUUGUUCCAUCUGAGCUAUCAGAGUACCGACCUUUGCUCUCUGCCUUAGGAGUGAAGCUAACCUUUGAAUCUGUGGAUUAUUUGCAUGUUCUAGAACGGUUGCAACUGGACAUGAAAGGAUCACCAUUAUCACCGGAGCAGUUGAGUUUUGUUGUUUGUUUACUGGAAGCUCUUGCUGACUGUUAUACUGAAAAAUCAUUGCCCAAUACAUGCCUGACAUCAUUAUUAAUACCAGAUUCCUCUGGAGUUCUUGUGUGUGGGGCUGAUGUUGUCUACAAUGAUGCUCCAUGGAUGGAAAAAAGCUCUUUUAACACUAAGCAUUUUGUACACUCCAGUAUUAGCAAUGAUCUAGCUAAUAGAUUAGGGAUACAGUCACUUCGGUACUUGUCCUUAGUGGAUGAGGAGAUGACAAAAGAUUUGCCUUGUAUGGAAUAUUCAAAAAUAUGUGAUCUGAUGGCGCUAUAUGGACAAGAUGAUCUUUUGUUGUUUGAUUUGUUGGAGUUGGCAGACUGUUGUCAGGCAAGGAAGCUACAUGUGAUAUUUGAUAAGCGAGAGCAUCCAAGGCUGUCCCUACUCCAUCCCAGUCUAGGCGAGUUUCAAGGGCCAGCUCUCGUAGUUGUUUUGGAGGGGGCCAUCUUGAGCACAGAAGAAAUUUCCAAUCUCCAGCUUCUUCCUCCCUGGAAGCUUCGAGGCACAACACUUAAUUAUGGUUUAGGAUUGCUCAGCUGUUACCAAAUAUGUGAUCUCCCAUCAAUCAUUUCCGAUGGCUGUUUUUACAUGUUUGACCCUCUUGGUUUGGCUCUUUCUGCACCAUCAAAUCAUGUUCCCUGUGCAAAAAUAUACUCAUUAAAUGGUGCAAAUCUUAUGGAGAGAUUCCGUGAUCAAUUUCACCCCUUGUUGAUUGGUCAAGAUGUCGCUUGUUCCUUAUCAGGUUCCACAAUUAUUCGCUUGCCCUUAUCAUCCAAGUGCAUGGCAGAAGGAAUAGAGUCCGGUUCCCGGAGAGUGAAGCACAUAUUUGAUAGAUUUUUGGAACCUUUAUCUACAACUUUAUUAUUCUUAAAGUCUAUUCUACAGGUGGAGGUGUCAACUUGGGGUGAAGGAGAUACUCAUAUGUGUCAGGAGUAUGGUGUUUACCUUGAUUCCUUAUCUGCUAUUAUGAGGAAUCCUUUUUCAGAAAAGAAAUGGAGAAAGUUUCAGAUAUCAAGAUUGUUUGGUAGCUCAAGCACUGCAACAAAAGCACGCGUAAUAGAUGUUCGGAUCAUUCAAGAUGGGAGGGAAGUCAUUGACAAAUGGCUGGUUGUCCUUACCCUCGGAUCGGGACAAACAAGGAACAUGGCCCUAGAUAGGCGGUAUCUCGCGUACAACCUAACACCAGUUGCUGGGGUUGCAGCACACAUUUCACAAAAUGGAGAUCCUUACCGCAUCCAUUCAUCAAGUUUUAUUUUAUCUCCAUUACCACUUUCUGGAGUUAUCGAUUUGCCUGUUACUGUUUUGGGAUAUUUUCUUGUUUGGCACAAUGGUGGGCGCUAUCUGUUCAAGUACCAGGACCCCGUGACCUCAUCAGGAAUGCAACAUGAUAUUCGUGAUCAGUUAAUGGCAGCUUGGAACAGCGAGUUGAUGUCUUGUGUUCGUGACUCAUAUGUCGAAAUGGUGCUAGAGUUUCAAAAGCUAAGGAAGGAUCCCAUGACUUCAAGUUUGGAAUCACCUUCAUCCCAUGAUGUUGGUCAAAUUUUGCGAGCUUAUGGGGAUCAGAUUUACUCAUUCUGGCCAAGGUCUAAACAACAUUCUUUGUCUCCUGGUCGAUCUAAGGGUGCUUCUAAUAAUUCACAGUCAUCCCAUGCGCUUGAGGCUGAUUGGCAAUGUUUAAUUGAACAAGUGAUACGGCCUUUCUAUGUGCGCCUUGUUGACCUCCCUGUUUGGCAACUUUAUGGUGGAAGCAUAGUCAAGGCCGAAGAAGGUAUGUUUCUUGCUCAUCCUGGGAUGGGGCCCACUGAUCAUUCACCCCGUUCGACAGUUUAUAGCUUCAUCAAGGAGCACUACCCUGUUUUCUCAGUGCCAUGGGAAUUGGUCAGUGAAAUUCAAGCUGUGGGAAUUGUAGCAAGAGAAAUUAAGCCAAAGAUUGUCAGGGACCUAUUGAAAACAUCACCUACAUCCAUUGUGCUUCGAUCAUUUGAAACAUUUGUUGAUGUUUUUGAGUAUUGUUUAUCUGAUAUUGAUUUGGACCAUCCCAAUAAGUUUGAUGUAUCCAGGGAACAAAGUACUUUGGAUGGUACUGAAGCAUUUCUUCCUGAAAGUGGUAAUCUACGCAAUAAUACACAUGAUUUGGAUUCACUUUCUCCUGGUCAAACCCAAAUGAGGAGGCUGAACAUGCAGAGAGCACAGCGUGCGCAAACUCAGAGCCCAGGGGGAGAUCCACUUGAUAUGAUGACGAAUUUUGGUAAAGCAUUGUAUGAUUUAGGUCGGGGGGUUGUAGAAGAUAUUAGCAGGCCUGGAGGACCUUCAGGGCGUGGAGAUGCCCUUUUCAGCGACGUAACAGGUGUGCCUGCCAUAGCUGCCGAGGUGAAAGGUUUACCUUGUCCGACUGCAACAAAGCAUCUUGUAAAAUUAGGGGUGACUGAACUUUGGAUAGGAAGCAAAGAACAGCAGUUGUUAAUGCGCCCCUUAGCUGCAAAAUUUAUUGACCCCCUAUGUUUGGAGAGGCCCAUACUAGCUGGAUUUUUCUCAAACCAAAUUAUACAUGGAUUUUUGAAAUUGCAUAUCUUCUCUCCCCUCCUACUCUCUAAGCAUCUGAGGCUAGUUUUGGAUGAGCAAUGGGUUGAUUAUGUCUUGAACUGGAACAAGAACCCUUGGGUACCUUGGGAGAAUAGUUCAGGUCCCCAAGGCAAGGGUCCAUCCCCUGAUUGGAUACAACUCUUUUGGAGGAUCCUUGUCUCUGGUGAGCUUUCAUACUUUUCCAAUUGGCCCCUCAUUCCUGCUUUUCUUCAUAAACCAAUAUUGUGCCGAGUCAAACACAGCAACCUGGUGUUUAUUCCCCCCAGGAUGGAACCCACUUCUGAUGAGUCAAGCUCAUACACUACAGCAUAUGAAAUGACCAACAAAAGAUACCCUUGGUUGCUAUCAUUUCUAAAUGAAUGUAAUUUACCUGUAUAUGAUGUAUCUUUUCUGGAAUACAACCCACCACAAUCUUGUUUACCUAGACAAGGUCAAACUCUUGGGCAAGCUAUCAUUUCCAAGCUAUUGGCUGCUAAACAAGCUGGAUAUCCUUCUGAACCAGCUUCUCUCUCUGAUGAAGUUUGUGAUGAACUAUUUACCCUUUUUGCCUCAGAUUUUGAUUCUUCAUCUCCUGAAGUUUACAUAAGAGAAGAGCUUGAUAUGUUGCGAGAACUCCCCAUCUUUAAGACAGUUGUGGGAAAGUAUACACGUAUAUAUGGGCAAAACCAAUGUAUUAUAUCUCCAAAUGCAUUCUUUCAGCCCUACGAUGAACAAUGCUUUUCUCAUUCAACUGUUAUGGGUGGUAGUCUCUUUUUCCAUGCCCUUGGUAUCCCAGAAUUGCACAACCAAGAGAUACUUGUGAGGUUUGCUUUAAACAGGUUUGAAGAGAAAACUGAGCAUGACCAGGAUUUAAUUUUGAUGUAUCUGAUUAUGAAUUGGGAUACUUUACAGUCUGAUUCUACAGUAAUUGCUGCUUUGAAAGAGACUAAAUUUGUUAGAAGUGCCGAUGAAUCUUGUGCACAGUUAUACAAACCCAAGGAUCUACUAGACCCCAGUGAUUCUUUACUCAAAUCGGUAUUUUCUGGGGAAAGAAUCAAGUUCCCUGGUGAGAGGUUCACUUCUGAGGCAUGGCUUCGCCUUUUGCGCAAAACAAGCUUAAGGACCUCCUCAGAAGCCGACACAAUACUCGAUUGCGCUCGAAAAGUAGAAAUGAUGGGAUCUGAGGCCUGGAAAAGUACAGAAGAUCCAGAUGCUUUUGAUGUGGGAUUCCUGAACUCCCAAAGUGAAUUACCUUCUGAACUGUGGUCCUUAGCUGGAUCAGUUGUGGAAGCUAUCUUAGGAAACUUUGCAGUUUUAUAUGGCAGUCACUUCUGUGAUGUCCUCAGCAAGAUCGUGUUUGUACCUGCUGAAAAAGGGUUGCCAGAAAUUGAGGGGAAGAAAGGUGGAAAGAGAGUGCUUGCAUCCUAUAAUGAAGCAAUUCUCUUGAAAGAUUGGCCUCUGGCAUGGAGUUGUGCACCGAUUCUAGCCAGACCGAAGAUUAUUCCUCCUGAGUUCUCUUGGGGAGCAUUACAUUUGAGGACUCCACCAGUAUUUUCUACAGUAUUGAGACAUCUCCAGAUAGUUGGAAGAAAUGGGGGUGAAGACACCCUUGCACGCUGGCCUACUUCCUCAAGCAUGAUCUCCAUUGAAGAUGCUUCUUAUGAAGUUUUGAAAUAUUUGGAGAAGCUUUGGCAUUCCCUUUCAGCUAAAGAUAUAUCAGAGUUACGGAAAGUUGCAUUCAUUCCGCUUGCCAAUGGGACACGACUGGUUACGGCAUAUUCUCUUUUUGCACGUCUCACAAUCAAUCUCUCCCCCUUUGCAUUCGAACUCCCCGCCCAGUAUCUCCCAUUCAUGAAGAUCCUUAAAGACAUUGGGCUUCAAGAUCAUUUCUCUCUUUCAUGUGCUAAGGAUCUUCUAUUGAAGAUCCAACAGUCAUGUGGUUAUCAACGUCUGAAUCCAAAUGAACUUCGUGCUGUAAUGGAGAUUUUACACUUCAUCUCUGAAGGGACUGCCAGCUCAGGUUCAGAAGGAUCAAUUUCUAUCUCAGAUGUGAUAGUUCCAGAUGAUGGGUGUAGGCUUGUUCUGGCAAGAACCUGUAUAUAUGUUGAUGCUUAUGGCUCUAGGUUCAUCAAUGACAUAGAGACUUCCAGGCUAAGAUUUGUUCACCCAGAUCUUCCUGAGAAGAUAUGUGCACUGCUAGGUGUUAAAAAGCUCUCUGAGAUGGUUGUGGAGGAACUGGAUGAGAAGCAACCCAUACAGGCCUUGGAUCAUAUUGGGCCUGUUACACUUACAUCCAUCAAUGAUAAGAUCUUGAGCCAAUCAUUCCAGGUUGCUCUAUGGACAAUUCUCCGCAACUUAUCUGACUAUGUACUCAUGUUUAGAGAUUUAACUUUGGAGAAGGUACAAAGCUUGCUAAAAACCAUGGCUGAGAAAUUACAAUUUUCGUGCUCUAUCUAUACCAGGUUUCUGCUACUUCCAAGGAAUCUGGACAUAACCCGUGUAACCAAAGAAUCAGUUAUAUCAGGCUGGGAAAAAGAAUUAGGGCAUCGAACUCUACACUUUGUCGAUAGAUCAAAGACCCAUGUCCUAGUUGCUGAGCCUCCUGAGUUUAUUCCUCUUACUGACGUUCUUGCUAUUGUUGUGAGCCAGAUUAUGGAUUCUCCUCUUACACUACCCAUUGGAUCCCUCUUCUCUGCUCCUGAAAACUCAGAGAAAGCACUUUUGGGCAUUCUGAAACUGGGUUCAGGGAAGGAAGAGAUAGGGACGUAUAAUAUUGUGGGCAAGGAGCUAAUUCCCCAGGAUUCUCUUCAAGUGCAUUUUCAUCCUUUGCGGCCCUUUUAUGCUGGAGAAAUUGUGGCUUGGAAACCGGACAAAGAUGGAGAGAAGUUGAGAUAUGGCAGAGUUCCUGAGAAUGUGAGACCCUCAGCUGGUCAGGCUCUUUAUCGGUUUUUGGUGGAGACAGCUCCUGGGGAGACCAGUUAUCUUCUUUCUUCGAGGGUUUACUCGUUCAAAAGCAUGUUGACUGAUUCAGAAGGGAGGUCUUCAUCUGUUGUGCAGGAAACUGUUCAGAUUGGACAUUCUGGAACCGAGAGGGGGAAACAGGUUAGGUUAGUGAAAGAUGAUGGGGGUGGCAAAACAGGAAAAAAACCAGCUCAGAAGGACCUCCAAUACGGCAAAGUAUCUACAACAGAAUUAGUGCAAGCAGUACAAGAUAUACUCUCUGCAGCAGGUCUCUCGAUGGAUGUUGAGAAUCAAACACUAUUGCAAACCACUCUGCUUUUUCAAGAACAGCUCAAGGAGUCCCAAGCUGCACUUUUGCUCGAACAGGAGAGGGCUGACACAGCUGCAAAAGAAGCAGAAGCGGCAAAAUCAGCAUGGUCAUGCCGUGUCUGCCUCGGUGUCGAGAUUGAUACAAUGUUUGUUCCUUGUGGCCAUGUAUUGUGUCACAGAUGUUGCUCUGCUGUUUCGCGCUGCCCUUUUUGCAGGAUCCAUGUGAAGAAGACACACAAAAUCUUCCGACCAUGAGAGAGAGAGAGAGAAUUUGUAUCAAGAAAAAUUUAUUUCGCAUGGAUCGAUUCAUUGAGGCAAAGAAUGCUUCAUAUCAUUCUUAUGAUGAAAUGCAUCAUAGUUGUAACUUUUACAUUGCUUAACAAGCAAAACAAUACUAGCCGAGGUACCGCAGUAACACUCCAUCAUUCCCCAAAACAAACCCUGUCUUUUCGUCGAUGAACCUGCAUGAACAAUGAAAAGGGGUCCAAAGAGAAAUGUAGAGUAUGUAUAAAACACAAUGAGAUCAAUUUGAUGUGAAUAGAAGAUUUUUGUAUAUGCAAAUUGGCAUUGAAUUGUGCAAUUCUAA